AUGCCCUCGACGCUUCCAAAAGCAAACAUUUCAAAUGGCCCACAAGUCAGUGAUAUGAACGAUGACACCAUUACCCAAAACACUCAAAUAGUCAACUCUCAACACUCAGACAUGAGAUUAAUGUUUCUCUUGCUGAAGGCUGUACAGCAUUUACACGAUUUUGCAAGGGAGACCAGAUUGACCACAGACGAGUGGAUGGCUGCUAUAGAAUUCUUUACCGCCGUGGGCAAGAUGUGCAGCGAUAUUCGUCAAGAGUUUAUUUUGUUGUCGGACACCAUGGGCUUGUCAGUUUUGGUUGAUAGUCUCUCGCACCCAAAGCCUGAAACUGCCACUAUUGGCACAUUAUUAGGUCCCUUCCACACCCAUGAUGCUGAGGAGAAGCAUGAAGGCGAGUCCAUUUGUUCUGAUGGCAAAGGUGAACCAUUGGUGAUUGAGGGUUUACUCACCGAUACUGAAGGAAACCCAUUGGCAAAUGGCUCCAUCGAUAUUUGGCAUUGUGAUUCCAAUGGACUUUACGAUACUCAAUACGAGAAUAGAGAGAACCCAGAUAUGAGGGGAAUCACAAAAACUAACGAGGAUGGAACCUUUGUUAUCAAAUGUACUAGACCUGUGCCAUACCCAAUUCCACACGAUGGACCAGUAGGUAAGUUGUUGCAAAAGUUGAAUAGACACCCAUACAGACCAGCACAUCUUCAUUUCAUGAUUGGUAAACCCGGUUAUGAUGAAUUGAUUACCGCAUUGUAUGAAAAGGGGGACAAGUAUGAGAAAUCAGAUGCAGUGUUUGGUGUAAAGACACCAUUGCUUUACACCUUGACCAAACUCGGCGAAGAAAAAGCAAAGAAAUAUGAUAUGAAGCCAGAUGAUUGGUAUUUACAGUGGCAUUUCAAGAUCGUCUCGGAGGCAGAUGCACGCAAAGUAAAGUUAGAAAAGACAAAGGAAGCUUUGGGUAAACUACCAUCAAAUGUUGUUCUCAACCAAGAAGGCUUGCCCGAAUUUGCUCCAUUGGACUAG